CGACCGUAUCAGACAAAAAUGUGAGAGUGAAGUAAAAGAGAGAAGAAGAAAAAAAGAAACUAUCUCCUCCACGCAUCUUGUGGGUAGGCAAUGACACGUCAGCAAUUCAAAAAAAAAAAAGACGUAUUUAAAACACGACGUCGACACAUAUAGCCAUCGUUUACGUCUCUCAAAUCGCGCUUCUCACCGACGAAGACGAAAGAUCAGCGGAAUCUCCUCCUCUUCGUUCUUACCGGUAGCUCGAUCCCAUGAAUCCUGAAUAUGACUAUCUGUUCAAGCUUUUGCUAAUUGGUGAUUCCGGUGUUGGCAAAUCAUGCUUGCUUCUAAGGUUUGCUGAUGAUUCCUACCUGGAUAGCUACAUCAGCACCAUUGGUGUUGACUUUAAAAUCCGCACUGUUGAACAAGAUGGGAAGACCAUCAAACUCCAGAUUUGGGACACGGCAGGUCAAGAGCGUUUCAGAACCAUCACCAGCAGUUACUACAGAGGAGCUCAUGGGAUUAUUGUGACUUAUGAUGUAACAGACCAAGAAAGCUUCAACAAUGUCAAGCAAUGGCUAAACGAAAUCGACCGCUACGCCAGUGAGAGUGUGAACAAGCUACUGGUUGGGAACAAAAACGAUCUCACUUCACAGAAAGUAGUAUCCACUGAAACAGCCAAAGCUUUUGCAGAUGAACUUGGGAUCCCAUUCUUGGAGACAAGUGCCAAGAAUGCUACCAAUGUCGAAGAAGCUUUCAUGGCCAUGACUGCUGCAAUCAAGACAAGAAUGGCGAGCCAACCUUCUGGAGGAUCCAAGCCAGCAACCGUCCAGAUCCGAGGACAACCUGUAAACCAGCAAUCAGGCUGCUGCUCUUCUUAAUUCUCUUUUUGAAACACUUAACUAUAGUAUCUCAUCCGUUUGAAUGUAUGACAUCUGAACAUCUUUGCCCUUCUUCAUCUUUUAUGUGUUUUGGUUUUUCAAUCAUUAUGUUCAAAAUCUUCUAUAUUUUUUGUAAUGUACUUGGAACACAAUAAGCUAAGUUUUUCAUCGCUAAAA